AUGGAUAGAGGCUCCAUUGAGCCGCUCGCCUAUGGCAACCGUGCACCGUCCAUGGGCGGACAGGGAACCAUGCCAGGUGGGCAAAAGGAGGUGUCGAGCAGCCGCAUGAACAUGAUAAACAACAAGACAUGGACACAAUGGACCGGUACAAUGUGGGAUGGGGUGGACUCGAGGAGGAAUGUCGUGUGGGUGCCCGGUACAGGCGGUAGCUCUAAGCGCCGUAGUGCCAAUGGGUGGUGGUGGUGGUGGUGUUGCACCGUGUUUGGAGAGGUGCAACAUGGAAAUAACAGGACAACGCAGCCAUGA